AUGCUCUCCCGGCGACUACACGCCCAAAUCUUCAAAAACGUCUCCUUCCCCUCUCCCGAAGCGCCCUUCGUCCGCAUCGCCCAAGACCACCUCGAAUCGCACGGCCUCGAUCGCACCCAAGGCUCCGUCCUCCCCGACACCUCCUUCACCCUCCCUCCCCUAACCGGCCCCGACCUCUCCUCGCACUUCCACCGCAUCGGCUCCGCAUGCUCCCACCCAUACCUCUCCCUCGCGCGUUCCCUUGCCUCGUCCACCCUCCCCCCCUGUCCCCGACCAGAACAUUUCGAGAUCAGAUCGGGGUGGACGAAGUAUUAUUAUGAGGAGGAUGGGUCGAGUUAUAGCGAGGCUGUGCCGUGGCCUGUGCAUGAAGGAGUCCCGGAAGAGGCUCUGGUGUUCGAUGUGGAGACGUUGCCGGAGUAUGGACCGUAUGCUGUCAUGGCGUGCGCGGCGAGCAAGAACGGGUGGUAUGCGUGGAUUUCACCGUGGUUGAUGGGCGAGACGGAGGAGAAGGAGCAGUUGAUUCCUCUGGGCGAUAGGGAGGUGCCGCGGGUCGUGGUGGGGCAUAAUGUGUCGUAUGAUCGGGCGAGGGUGAAGGAGGAGUAUCAUGUCGAGGGGUCGAAGAAUCGGUUUUUGGAUACGAUGGCGUUGCACGUUGCUGUGAAGGGGAUAUCGUCGCAUCAGAGGCCGGCGUGGAUGCAGUAUCGCAAGUCGAAGUUGAAGGAGAGGGAGAGGAAGGAAGAGGCGUUCGAGGCUGUCGUGCAGCUUUUGAAUGAUAUUGAUAGGAUGUUGGAGGAGGAGAAGGACGAGGCGAAGGUGGAGGAGUUGCGCAGCGAGCAGACGGCGAUGCGGGAGAGUCUGUCGCAGAUGCUGGCGGGGCAGAGUGAGGAUGCGGACGCGUCGGAGGAGCAGGAGGAGGAGAUAUCGUCGAAGAGGUGGGAGGAUAUCACUUCGGCGAAUUCGUUGGCGGAUGUUGCGAAACUUCAUUGCGGGAUCGAGGUCGAUAAGGAAAUCCGAAACGAUUUCAUGACGCAUACACCGGAAGAGAUCAUGGCGAACGUCCAGGACUACCUCACUUACUGUGCUAGUGACGUGAACGUCACGCACUCCGUCUACGCCAAGGUCCUACCCGACUUUCUCGACGCUUGUCCCAAUCCGGUCUCGUUUGCGGGUAUCUUGACUAUGGGCUCUAGCUUCUUGACGGUAAAUCAGGAGUGGGAGCGGUAUAUCGAGAAUGCGGAACGGACAUAUCGGGAGUUGGAUACGAAGGUGAAGGAGAGGUUGUUGGAGCUCGCGGUGGAGGCCAAGGAUAUGAUGGAGGGAGAGCAGUGGAGGGACGACGUUUGGCUGUCUCAGCUGGAUUGGACUCCGAAGAUCGCUGGCCCUUCGAGAGGAGUAUAUCCUCCGGAACAGCCAACGUCGGAUUCGCCACCGUCCGAACUCGAGGUCCUACCUCCACAGCUAGUCGCACCGUCUGUGGAUAAAAUCCCGACAUGGUACCACCAAAUCCUCCACGAAGGCCCCCUUUUCCCCACAUUCAUAAACCGCAACCUCCCCUUUCUCCUCAAACUUUCCUUCGACGGUCAUCCAGUCCAAUACACCACCACAGACGGGUGGCACUACGUCGUCAAUGGAGAGGUAUCGCGAUUCGGCAAGGCGGGGAAGUCGAGGGGGCUCCUUACAAAGACGAACUUCAGUCAUUUCGAGUCUGGACGGUUGGUUUCGGAUGAUGAUGAGCUUACGGCCUUGGCUCGGGAUGUUGCUGAUGGGCAGAAGUCUUUGGAGACUGAGCAACGGUUGAUACGACUCGCCAACGACGUUUAUGAGCAGACUCAGGUGGACGAGACUCUGUGUGAGUCGGAUCCCUGGCUCAAACAACUCGACUGGUCUUCGAAAAUCGUCAAACCUACCUCCAACGAUCCUGCCACCACCAUCACCACAGAAGACGACAUCCCUACACCUCCAAAACGAAAGAAAGCAGCGAAACCACCGAAGCCGCCUCAGGUAUAUUGGCCGAAGUGGUACUGGGAGCUGACGAAGCCGAAGAAAGGAUGUGCGCCUGGGACGAUCGAUAUUACCACUCGGAGCCGUGUUACGCCUAUUCUUUUGAAGCUUUCGUGGAAGGAUUGUCCGCUCUUUCAUUCGCGUGAACACGGUUGGACAUAUCGUAUCUCUCCUUCCCCUUCCUCUACCCCCUCCGACGACAGCGGCUCCAUAUCCCCACCACCUCCCAAAUCGCGCCAAACCCCUCUCUCCUUCCACGAUCCCUCCGACGAAACCCUAAUGCAGAUGUCUCUCCAAGGCGGCUUCACGUUCCACAAGGUCCCGCACAAGGACGGGGAGAGCGCGAACGUGGGGAGUCCGCUGGGCAAGACGUUCAUCAAGUUUUCGCAGGACGGGACGUUGAAGUCGCCGGGCGAUCUGGCGAACAGCGCGUUGGAUAUGAAUGCGCAGUGUAGUUAUUGGAUCAGUGCGAGGGAUAGGGUGUUGAAGCAGAUGGUGGUGUGGGAGAGGGAGGGCGGGAUGGGGAUGAAGGUCGCUGACUCGGGUGUCGAAGGUGAACAGGAGAAGGAGAAGUGGGGUAUCAUCAUCCCGCAGGUUAUCACGAUGGGCACCGUCACCCGCCGCGCUAUCGAGAAGACCUGGCUGACGGCGAGCAACUCGAAGAAGAACCGCGUAGGGUCCGAACUCAAAGCGAUGGUCCGUGCUCCAGACGGAUACGCCAUCGUCGGCGCCGACGUCGAUUCCGAAGAACUGUGGAUCUCCAGCGUCAUGGGCGACGCGCAGUUCGGGCUGCAUGGCGCGACGGCGAUCGGGUGGAUGACGCUCGAGGGCACGAAGGCUGCGGGCACGGAUCUGCAUUCGAAGACGGCGAGUAUAUUGGGGAUUUCGAGGGACCAGGCGAAGGUGUUUAAUUAUUCGAGGAUUUAUGGGGCGGGGAUGAGGCAUGCGGUGUUGUUGCUCUUGCAGGCCAAUUCGGGCAUGCUCCCCGAGGAGGCCCAGAAACUAGCCGAGAACCUCUACGCGUCGACGAAAGGCAAGAAUACGCACCGGCAGGACAUCUUCGGGAGGAAGUUCUGGUUCGGAGGCACCGAGAGUUUCGUGUUCAAUAAGCUCGAGGAGAUCGCGCUUUCUGAUCGGCCUCAAACUCCUGCGCUUGGCUGUGGCGUUACUUAUGCUCUUUCCAAGGAAUACCUCCCCGCAGAAUUCGGCUCCGAUUACAUGCCCUCGCGGAUCAAUUGGGUCGUUCAGUCCUCAGGCGUGGACUACCUCCACCUCCUCAUCGUCUCCAUGGACCACCUCAUCCAGAAAUAUGACAUCCAGGCGAGAUACCUCAUUUCCGUGCACGACGAGCUACGGUACCUCGUGAAGAAGGAAGACAAGUAUAGGCUGGCGUUGGCGUUGCAGGUGGCGAAUCUGUGGACGAGGAGCAUGUUCGCGUAUAGGUUGGGGAUGGAUGAUCUGCCACAGGGCGUGGCGUUCUUUUCGGCUGUGGAUGUCGACUUCGUGUUGAGGAAGGAGACGGAUAUGACGUGUGUGACGCCCUCGCAGCCGGUCCCUAUCCCGCCCGGCGAGUCGCUCAAUGUCGAACAGGUGUUGGCCAAGACGAAGGGUGGAUCUCUUUGGGCGGAUGGGAGGCCUAUGGAAGCAGAGGGUACUGGGAUGGGAUUGGGGAGUAUGAGCGAGGCAGAAGCGAAGGAGUGGGAAAAGUGGGGAGAAGGGUAUGUCGAGCAGGAUUGUUUGCAGCAUAGGGCUCAUAGCGCGGAGUUUUUGAGGGCACAGGCGACGCAGGAGUUUGAAGAGAUCAAGCAUUUGGCGCAGCUGGUAUCUGGAGAGAAGUACGUGGGUGGGAUCGGCGGUGGGAAGAGGUCGGGGAAGAAGGGUAAGGGUGGUGGGAAGAAGGAGAAGGCGAAGGUGAAGCCAGUGGGGAAUGGAGAAGGGAUCGACGAGGCUGAGGAGUAUUACAGGGAGUUGUCGAUGCUCGCUGGAUCGCAAGCGCAUCAUUUGCAUGGGACGAGGAGUGCUGGUGGGAGGCCGCAGUCGCAGGCCGUGAGGGCGACGGUGUAA